AUGGCUCACUUCAACCUUCGCCAAGUAGACGCAUUGACGUUUGACGUCUUCGGCACGACCGUGGACUGGUUUACCACCAUUAGCAGAGAGGUCGCGAGACAGAGCAAAGGGCGUAUUGCUGAAGGAUCUAAAGACGCUGAAGACUUUGCGAAGGAGUGGAGAGAGGGGUACUAUCGCGGGACGAAAGCAGUAGGCGCUGGCGGUCAGGCAUCGUCGCUCAACGUCGAUGUCAUGCAUGGAGAUAUACUUGAGACCAUGCUUUCGUCCGAGCGAUGGGAACACCUCGGGGAGGUGUGGCCGCGGGAUGGCGAAGAGAGGAGGGAGCUAAUUAUGUCCUGGCAUAAGCUCGAUCCAUACCCCGACACGGUCUCGGGCCUGACCAAGUUGAAGGUGCAGAAGUUCGUCAUCGCGUUCUCGAACGGCAACUACCGUUUGCUCCUAGACAUGGCGAAGCACGCAAACCUACCUUGGGACGGCAUCUUGUCCGCAAACUUCUUCGGAACUUACAAACCAGCUCCUGAGGCCUAUGCGUCGGCGCAGCACCACCUCGACCUCCCUCCGGAGCGCAUCGCGAUGGUCGCCGCGCACAUCCAUGACCUACGCGCCGCAGCCAAGGCUGGGUUCCGUACUGUGUAUGUCCGACGGGCCGCCGAGGAUGUCGGUGUCGCCGAUAGCGUGAAGCCGAAGAACGAGGGUGGUGAAGUGGAUGCGGUCGUCGGGAGUUUCGAGGAACUCGCAGCACUGCUGAAGGCGGCGUGAGAUUUGAGAGGUAGGUGAGGAAAGAAUUGCGUCGAGCGAGGAUCUGCGAGAACAAAAACGUACAAUGGCGACGUCACUCGUUCGUUCUAUUCGGGCUCAUGAAUACGGGAAGGGCCUCGAAGUCGAGGGUCCGCCUUGCGAACUAUAAACGUCGUGCAGAAGAAGUGAAUUCUUAAGUUCGUUGACAGCUCGCGCUGCACCCCAUUCGAGCCAUACCUUUA